AUGAACAGCCUAUGCAACGCCUGCAUUCAGUUUUCUUCUUCACAGCAAGUGAAGCAGAGUUUAUUCCAAGAUCUUGCUGACAAAGGAAUUAAUAUAAUUUUCUUCGACCUAGCAUUCUAUGGCAUAGACAAUGAAACGUUUAUUGAGGUUGAAAAGCGAAGAAGAUGGGUAUGGAUCGCAAAAGAUCAACGAUAUGUUCUGGGUUAUCCUGAAGAUGUCGACGUCUUUAGUUUUGGUCUGUUGAAAGCAAAACAAGAUUUUCUCAAAGUCAAUAUAUCCAUAGGAAACUUUUCAACGGAUUGCAGAUUGCAUUUUGACAAAUACCUUUCGCAAUAUCUGAUGCAUAUUAUUAAUGAAAAUGAUACCAUCUCUAGUCAGGACAAUAGACAAAUUUGCCACUCAAAAAUUGAAUCUUAUGAUAAAAUAUCAGAAUUCAUAAUCAACCUAUCUGGAGUUAAAAUUGGAUAUCAUUUUUGGUGUCUAACUAAGAACAACGAAUUUGAAGUUGUGGAGAAAUCUUAUGUUAAUGUUAUUGUUAUUAUUAUCAUAUUGUUUCUGUACGCGUUUUAUCCACUUAUCAUAGAAAUGGCAUUUUAUACUCACAGUACCAACUAUAAAACCCAGUUUUACAGAUAUUAUAAAUCAGAUUCUCCGUACAGUCCGGCAAGGUUUCUUUUGCGAUUAAUUUAUACAGGGAGUAAUAAGUACUUUGCCGCUUUGCGAAUUAUUAUCCUUGUAAUGGUUCUUACAUCCCUAGUGUACCUUGCAAAAUCAGAGGUGUACAGUAAAUGCGAUUGUUCCUUAAAGUCUUCCAACGACGAAGGAAAAUUUCAGCACGCAGAAAACUAUUAUAUGACUACAGUAAAUAGAUUUUUUGUUGCAUGGGGUGUUUUGAAUUUCGCACUUGUCAAUGCAUGUGUUUUGAUGAAUUCUGGUGGCAUAUUUGACGAUUUUCUCAUUAUUGAUCUAAGUAAUAUUUGUGCAGAUGGGAAUAUAUUUAGGCUGAUUCCAGUUAUUGUAUUUCUGCCUGUUGUGUCUAAAGACGCUCUCCAAUCAGACGAAAUGAAAAGUGUCUCAAGAACGUAUACUACGGAGAAUUUCACGACAGAGAUGAUAAAUGAUACUAAUACAGUGGAAGACACACGAUUUGAAAAAUCUUUGGUGUCAUUUAAAAUUCACAAGCUGUCAUUAAUAUUGUCCUACAAGUUUUGGACUAGAAUAUUUCUAAUCAGGGGUGUUGAUUUUAAGUACAGAUGGGCUUAUGUGACUUCAAUUAUAUUAUUUCCCAUUAAUGCAGUACUCAUAUUAUUUAAUGCUAUUUGUCCCAUCGUUUCAAUUUUUUAUAUUUUCUUAAGCAAAUUUAUUACGUGUAUAUUAUUUGUAUGUAAAAGCAAUUGUUGUUUUAGGGAGAAAAAUGAGGACCAAAGUAUAGACAAACAAAAUGUUGAACAAAGUGAUAUUGAAAGUCCAGAAGCAAGUGGAGAACACUCUUUACAUUUUUGUGAAAACAAAGAGAGAGGUGGAGAACAACAAAAUUCAAGAAUGACAGGAAAGUCUUGUAGAGAAAAAGCAUUGUCUCUAUUUUGCAAUUUAUUAUGCCACGCUGGUGUGGGUUUAUAUAUAGUUUUUUCAUACGAGUAUUCUUUCAAUAUUUUCUUUUAUGGCAUGAGUUACCUUGUUCAGUUUUUUAUUUACACCGUAUUAUUGGCCCUUCCCCAUUAUCCAGUUCAGGUGUUCAUCUAUAUCAUAUUCGUGACCUCUGUCAUAGUGUACCUUUUUCGCUAUGUUCACCAAUUCAUAGAGCUCUAUAAAAAUCUUUUAAAUGAAAUUUUUGAAAUAACUGAGGAGACAAGUAUAUCUAUACAAGAUUUUAACAGGAUAGUUACUAAAUACUUUCCUCUAAAAAACGAAGUUUUUUAUUUGCUUCUCAAAAUAACAGUAACUAGCUUAUUCUUUAUAAUAAUUUUCGAUACUAUGCAAAAGGUAGAAUACAUAAAAAUAGGUGCUCGAUUGGACUGGACUACUGUGAUUUCACUACUUUUCGUUUUUGGUCCACCUCGUAUAGUGGAGGAGCUACUUGUUACGGAUUUUACAAGCAGGGUUCAUAUGAAGCGGACAGAAAUAAAGAAAUAUAUUAAUGAAAUGAAAACGGGGAAAAUAAAAAGUGUUUACGUCGAAGGCGUUCUUGCUGAUUACGAGAAAGACUGGUUAAAAAGUUGUAGUAAAUGUGCAUGUAAAUGUAAGUGUGAAAAUACGUUUAAAUCCAAAGACAUAUUACGAUCAUCCAGUAAUGACAUUAUUCUUUGUGAGGAGGGAUGCAGAUACUGCAAAUGCUGUUGUGUAUUGAGAUUAAUUUGUACUUUUUCUUGUGGUUGUUUUAAUUGCCCAAUUGACUCUCAAAGAAGGUGUGAUUUCUGUAAUGCUUAUGCAGUUAAGGAAACUUCAGAGGCAACAGAGGUAACAAAUAAAAAGAUUAUGCUGAAAUGCCAUUGCUACCCACCAACUGAAACACAAAAAAAAUUAGAAAGUGGGACGGAACAAAUAAUUUUUGAAGAUACACGUCUAUAG